CUUCAGUCGCAACAGUGACGUCGAAUGUAAGUCAGCAGGUCAGUGUUUACAUCCAGUCUUAAACUAGCGUUGAGUAAGGCUCCACAAAAAGCCCGAAGAAAACAUUGGCGAGGACACUGUUAAACAAAGAAAUUAUCGUCCCUAAAGAGACCCGUCAGCGGUUUAAUAAUCACGUUGACCUUUAGGCCUGUGCUACAGAGACGCUGACAUAUGCGAUUCAAAUCCAGUUGAAAUGUUUUCAAGGCUUUUGGGGUUUUUCUUUCUUUCUUGGUGUUAAAUUUUUGGUUUCCAGCUCUGUCAGCCUAUUUUUCUGCAAGCCAACGCAGAAGAACUUGCUCCGAGUAAUACUGUUGCCCCAAGAAGAUGGGUGGAGCUGUUAGUGCUGGUGAAGACAAUGAUGAGCUGAUUGACAAUUUAAAAGAAGCCCACUAUAUCCGAUCUGAACUUGUGGAGCAGGCAUUUCGUGCAAUUGAUAGGGCAGACUAUUACCUGGAAGAGUUCAGAGAGAAUGCCUACAAAGAUUUAGCCUGGAGACAUGGAAACAUUCAUCUUUCAGCACCAUGUAUUUACUCGGAGGUUAUGGAAGCUUUAGACCUGCAGCCAGGUUUAUCUUUCCUUAACUUAGGAAGUGGGACAGGAUAUCUCAGUACUAUGGUGGGACUCAUCUUAGGUCCAUUUGGUGUAAACCAUGGAGUAGAGUUACAUGGAGAUGUUAUUGAAUAUGCUUAUCAGAAGCUAGACACUUUCAUCAAAACAAGUGAUAGCUUUGACAAGUUUGAGUUUUGUGAACCGUCUUUUGUGGCUGGUAACUGUCUAGAGAUUACUCCUGGAUGCCGCCAGUAUGACAGAGUUUACUGUGGAGCAGGGGUCCAACGAGAACAUGAAGAGUACAUGAGAAGCCUGUUAAAAAUUGGGGGAAUCCUAGUUCUUCCACUGGAAGAGAAGUUAACAAAGAUCACACGCACAGGUUCCACCACAUGGGAAACCAAAAAAAUUAUAGCUGUCUCGUUCGCUCCACUUGUCCAACCAAAAAACAGGAGUUCAGAAAAAACAAGAAUUGUUCCUCUUCCAAUUCUUGAAGUCCGGACAUUACAAGACCUGUCACGAAUUACGAUCCGACACACUUUAAAACUAAACUUAAACCAAGAUAAAGUAAAAAGUGGAAGUCUGACCAAGUAUUCUACUAAGUUCAAGCGAAAGAGGAUGUAUCGGCGACGCAUGGAUUCUGUUCUUUUAGCAAACAAGCAUAUGUUUGUUAGUCGUGUAAUCCCAAGUACAAUGGACAACAACAACAAUUGUGAUCAUGUGGAUGAAGAUCGUCUUGAAGAGGAUGAGGAAGCUGUGGAGGACCGGGAGCAGUAUGAUCUUAAACCUGAUCCUCCCAUCAACCUAUUAAGAGAGAAGGUCUUGAGUCUACCUCUCCCUGAGCCCCUUAAGUUGUACCUACUUUAUUACAGGGAGAAAUAACUUACUGUUCUUUUGUUAAAAAGUGUGAAAGACGUUCCAACCAUAAACAAAAAAGAUACGUAAUUUAUAAACAGGAAAUGCUUCAGCAGUCUCCAGCAUUAGUCUCUUUAACAUUUCUCACCUUAAAAUGAUGUGCAUUUCAAGACUUUUUUUAUAUUAAAAUUACAAAAUACUAUACUUUUUAAGAUUUUUUUGUGUAGCAGAAAGUAGUGGUCGAUGCUAUUUUAGCUUGGUAAGAUAAACCUAUAUAUUUAUCAUUUAAAAUAGUAUUUAACAUUAAUUGUCUUAAUUGUUCAGUUAUUCUUUAAGUCAGACCUACCAAAUAUUCCAUUCACUUUUUCUGUUGUUGGAAACAUCAAGAACUUCAAGGCAGUACCCAGAGUUUAUCAAAAUUGUAAAGAAAAGAAACCUUUCCUGACAUAUCGGAAUAUUUUGUUUCAAUUAUAAUGAAGCAUUCUGAAAGUGUAGCAUAUUUUUUCCAUAUUUUAGCAAAAUGUCUGCUUUCAUUUUAAAUUUUCUAAGAUUUUUGUGUUUUCAUUUCAUUCAUUCACAUUUGGUUGGGCAUUUUGUGGUUUAUAAGUUGCUUAACAGUGCCUAUGUGUUAAUAAAACUUAAACAAAUUUAUUAACAUUAUGAAGAUAUCAGAAAAGAAAGCUAAAUUUUAGAGAGCUAUUUUAUUCUUAUUUUCUUUAGUAGGAACCUACAUAGCAAGUAAUGAAAAACAAAUUAUUUUUUCUAAAAUGUUUUUCAGGGAAGAAAACUUUAAUUUGUUCAUAGUAUGGUAUUAGAAAGCAGAAAGUUUAGUAUCCUGUUCAAAUACUAUAUAUGUUCAUCAGUUGCUGCUGUUUGUGAAACUUAAAUUUAGGUAUUAUUUAUAUUUCAGCUCUUAAUUUUAUAUUUUAAACACCAUGGAAGGAAUGCCAUUAUGUGAAUUGGAUUCUGCUUCUUAAAAAUAAGGCUAUUAAUUAACUGCUGUUUCAAUUGAUUACAUCUUGCCUGAAGAAGGGGCCUGCGUUGCCUUGAAAGCUUGCAUAUUGUAAUCUUUCUUGUGUAGCCAAUAAAAGGUGUAUUUUUGCUUAACUUCUCACUACAUCCAUAAUUGCUAACAUGGUACAAGACCCUAGUACUACUGUUGUUUCAAUUUAAUAGAAAAAGUUGUCCAGUCAUUGAUAAUUUCAUUUUCGGAAAUAUUUAACCAUUCUGGUUGUAGUUCCAGUUUAACUGUCAGAAGAAAACUAUAUUGAGAUACUUAAAAUAGUUCAAAAUAUUAAAAAGAGCUGUGAAGUGCCUAUUUGAAAUCAAGAAACUUUUUGUUUUCUAAUUUAAAGGAAUGAUUGUCAGACAUUCUGCAUUUCUUUCUUUUUAUUGUUAUGUUCCAAAAAUAUGUGAAACUAGAAAGUAUAUAGUACCAUUCUUUAGUAAUCAGAGCUAUUAUACUUGUGAAAUAUUUACACAGAAACUUUGACAACUGAAGUUUUUCAUAUCUCUGUAGUAUUACUUCUUCAUUCAUGUUUAAAAAUAUCUUUUAAAUUGCAAAAGAUUGUGAACAUAUCCUAUGUUUUGUGCACUUUGGAUGCAGCAAUAUUCAUCGUUUGGUGGGAGAAUAAAAUGAAAGAUGGAGUGAUUUUUACUUCCUUUCAAAGGUAAGACUUUGAAUUGUUCAGAAGGUUAAGGUCCAGCUUGAAUUAAUGUCAUUAUUUAAUUCAUGCUCUUCUUGAGUAAAUAUAUAAAGAUGAAAGCCGAUUUAGAUGAGUUAACAUUUGAAGAAAAUCUGUUCAGUAUACCCCACCUUCAGUCUUUUAGCUAUUUUGACACAACAAUCCAUGUCUUCCAAGAAGUAAGAUGAAUAUUGUGAACACAUCUGUAAUUUUGCUUCCUUGAUUACAAGUAUAAAGACUCACUCACAUUUUCCCUUUUCUUAUAUAAUUCAGAUUUCUUCAAUCUCAUAGAUCCAUUAGUUUCAAGCAGGUGUUCUCCGCCAGAGAAAUGUAAUUCAUCACACUCCCCUCAGCCACUUCAAUACAAUCUUACUAAGUUGCUCUCUCCAAUGACACGUGUAUUUGAAAACUCAAAGAGGUAAGCAGUGUGUUUUUCAGUUUAAUUGAGUUAAAUACUUAUCACAGUUUUUUGAGUUUACCUCAGAGACCAGAGAUAAAAACAGUUUUUAAUGCAGUUUACCACGUGGCUGUUAAGCAACUGAAACAGAAGGAAUAUACUGUUUAGUUAUUGAAGCUCUUCACCAAAAUCAGAAUGCUUUAUGUUUUACUGAGUAAGCAUUCAGCUUUAAAAGACUACCUUAUGGAAUUUGCUCAUACCGGUUUCAAAUGGAUCAUUUAUUUAUUAUUUAUUUUUAAAGGGACCAGUAUUUAAUAUGAAUCAACUUUAUUAAAAGCAGGGCAAUUAUUCUAAAGCACUGAAAUUUUUUAAACCAUAUUUAUUGUAAGUAAAUAUUCAGAAUUAUUCAAAUACACUCUUUUUAAAUUAAUUGAAUUUGAAAAUGUACAUCUAAAAAUUGGUCGCCAUACAAAUGCAGUUUUGAUACUAUUAUCAUAAAUAUAUUAUUUAAAUUUUACUUGUGGUCAUUAGCAACUACUCUGCACAAAUUGUUAUGUUUUGUUUUGGUAUAUACAAUAUUAAAUACAAAUUUUAAAAUGUAUUUAAAAAAUAUACUAUACUAAAUGCUGUGUGAAAAUGUUUUUACUGUACAGGGUUGUCCUUUAAAAUUAGUUAUAGUGAGUUUAUGAUUAAAAUAAAGUUUAAAUCUGAUACAGAAAUGUCUCAAAGUUGUGUAUGGAAAAGAAAAAAGUGACCAAGUCAGUGGUUCAUUGAAUUCUUCUCCACCCAAUAAAUACUGUGUUAAAUAGAAGGAACUGUUUAAUCAUUUUUAAAAAAAUGGAUUUGUUAUGUGGAUUAAAUUGUGAUAACCUGGUGUUAGUUUUGGAAUGUAAAUCAAACUAUUUCCAAAAUAAUUUGUAUCCUUCAUUUGCUUGUAAUUUUGUAUACCUUUUCUUAAAAAGUAUAACUUCUCUUAUAUGUACUAAAGUGAA